AUGAGGGAACUCACAUUUGCAAGAAUAGGUUCGCAAAUGCGAACUAAGCUGGACAAUGGGAAUCUCGCAUUUGCGAGAAAUGGUCCGCAAAUGCGAACACAGGCAAAGUUUAGGGACAUCGCAAUUGCGAUAGAGGUCUUCGCAAUUGCGAAGACGGGCUGGCAACUACACAAGAGGUUUUCAAGGCUUCAGGAGUACGGAGCAAGGGAGAAUUAUAGUGAUGACCCUUUGGGUCGUCACAUAGCUGGUUACGAAAAAUGGGCUAGGUUGUAUGCACCUGUUAAUGGGGGAUGGACAAUGACGUCAAAUAUCGCUGAGUCAAUCAAUGCAGCACUAGUUUCAGCAAGGGAAUUGCCAAUAUAUGACUUCCUUGAAGAAGUUAGGAAGAUGUUUGGUCGUUGGAAUUGUAGUAACCGUAAAGAAGCUACUCAGACAUACAAGACGCUUGGGAAAAAAUACCAGGAAAUGCUGGAGUUGAAUGAGACCAUGUGUACCCGUAUGACUGUGGUACCCUCAACUGAAUACUUACAUACUGUUAACGAUAGUGUGAGGAAUUACACAGUCUGCCUGCUCGAGAGAAAAUGUGUUUGUGAGAGGUUCCAAAUUGAUGAAUUGCCAUGCCCACAUGCCUGGGCUGUAUUGAAUAGCAAGUUUUUAAUACCUGAAAAAUAUUGCUCUAGCUAUUACAAGCCAAGUACAAUUGUAAUGACAUAUGAUGUGCCAGUGUACCCGCUACCUGACAAAAAUGACUGGAAUAUACCAGAGCAUGUUGCAGAGGAGGUUGUACUACCACCCAAAUGGAAAAGACCUCCUGGAAGGCCAAAGAAGAAGCGCGACAAAACUUUAAGUGAAUUGCUGUUGCCGAAAAAUCAACAUUCAUGUAGCAUAUGUCGGCAGGGAGGACAUAAUAAGCGAACUUGUAGGAAUGCUCCACGUAAUAAAUAG